CACUGGACUGCAGGCUGUGAGGAAAAUACAUUUUUACUUUUGAGAUGUUUUAUUGGCUAGAAAACAACGUUUGGAAUUAUGGCAGCAGCUUUGAGUGACAGAAGGCCCUAGGCUACUCUUGUACUCUGAGUGAUCAUUGAUUUUUUUCUGUCAUAUGUGUGGAGCAAAUUCACAUCUUGAACACCUUCUUCAGAUUUAAUUAUUGUCACUGCAGUGUGUUAACUUCGACUUCCGGAAAAUCCAACUGAAAUAGCAAAGUGUUGUAAAAAGUGCGCCGUGCUUUGGCUUAGCGUUGCUUCGCGCAUCGCUGACAAGAAUCCCAGUUCCCACUGAGAGGAUAUAGGCCUACACGAAUUAUAUAAUCCAUGGAUGUAUUUACCAACUCAUUGUAAAUCACCAAGCGACGUUGACAUACAAGUGAUUCUGAACUACAAUCCUCUAUCUGCGGUUCUCAGAACUGAAUUGUGCCUUGGAGCACCUGCGCUGGACAUAAUUCUUGAUGAAUGGGAUACAUGUGCACAACACGGUGACGUAUUUAUAUUAAUCAGAAGGCUCUCGGUAGGGCCUAAUAAUGUAUGCUGGACGUAAAAGGAGGAAGCCGGUUCAGAGAGCGGCGAAACCACCCCCGACUGAGGCUGUGAAGUCCAACCCCUCCAAGCGUCACCGUGACCGGCUGAAUUCAGAGCUGGAGCGCCUUGCCAGCCUGCUGCCCUUUCCUGAGGAUGUCACUUCCAGUCUGGACAAACUCUCCAUCCUGCGCCUGAGCGUCAGCUACCUUCGAGCCAAGAACUUCUUCUCAGUUGCCCUGAAAAACCACACGUGCAGCAAUGGGGUGAUGGCCAAAGCGGGUAGCCAUGACAACGGCAAAGCUGCAAGAUUGGCAGGCGGCUGGAUGCUUGAAGGUGAACUUCUACUGCAGGCCCUGAAUGGCUUUGUCCUGGUCAUCACGGCUAAUGGAACAAUAUUCUACACCUCACACACCAUUCAGGACUAUCUGGGAUUCCAUCAGACGGAUGUCAUGCACCAGAGUGUGUUUGAGAUGGUUCACACUGAGGACCAGCAGGAGCUCAGGCAGAACCUCCACUGGGCCCUGAACCCUCCUCCUGCCAUCUACCCCACGCCUCAGCACUCUCCCACUGAUGGUCAACGAGGCGGCAACUCGUUGGUCGCCCCCCCCUGCAAUCCGGAGCAGCUGCCCCCAGAGAAUUCAUCGUUCCUUGAAAGGAGCUUUGUGUGUCGCUUCCGAUGUCUCUUGGACAACUCCUCUGGCUUCUUAGCUCUGAGUCUCCAGGGAAGGCUCAAAUUCCUGCAUGGUCAGAGCCAGCAAGGGCCGAACGGGGUCAAGGCCCCACCUGAGCCGGCUCUGUUCGCCAUCGCUACUCCCUUGCAAUCUCCCUCCAUCCUGGAGAUUCGGACCAAGAACAUGAUCUUCCGAACCAAGCACAAACUGGACUUUACCCCCAUGGCUUGCGAUGCAAAGGGCAAGAUCGUUUUGGGCUACACUGAAGCCGAGCUCAGGGUUCGUGGGUCUGGCUAUCAGUUCAUCCAUGCAGCAGACAUGCUCUACUGUGCAGAGAACCAUGUCCGCAUGAUGAAGACAGGUGAGAGUGGGCUGACGGUGUUCCGGCUCCUCACUAAGGACAACCGCUGGAAGUGGGUCCAGGCCAACGCACGGCUAGUGUACAAGAACGGCAGGCCUGAUUACAUCAUCGCCACUCAGAGACCUCUACUGGAGGAGGAGGGAGCGGAGCACCUGCGGAAGCGGUCAAUGCACCUGCCCUUCACCUUCGCCACGGGCGAGGCCCUGCUCUACCACAGCAGCCACCCCACGCGCGCCAGACAGCAGGGCGGUGGCGAGGGCAGCGCCAGGGCCAACAAAGAGCCCAAGGACACCCUGGACCCCGGCUCCCUGCUGGGUGCCAUGAUGAGCCAGGACGAGUCGGUGUACAUCAGUCAGCCGGCCACCGAGACCAAGGUGUCCAGCCUCCCGAGUCACCUGUUCGGCGAGCUCAAGGCCCAGCAGCAACGCUUCGCCGAGAGUGUGACAGCGGCCGAGUGCUCGGAGGUGUUCGAGCACUGGGAGCAGGCGAUGAACGGCGCCGGCCUGUCUGCCGCGCACGGGCUGCCCGAGAACGGGAAGAGCUUCGACCCGCUCCUGGCCACGCUGGACUCGCUGUCGCUGGGCGCGGGCAGUGGCGAGGGUCUCGGCGAGGGUGGCAAGGAGCACUGCUCGAACGGGGAGCUGUUCAGCGCUCUGGAGGGCCUGGGACUGAGUGCGGAGGACCUGGAGCUGCUGCUGCUGGACGAGCGGAUGAUCCGAGUGGAGGUGGACUCCGAGCGUGUGCCCACCCUGGACGACCUGCUCACCAGCGACGAGAUCCUCUCCUACAUCCAUGACUCGCUGGAGCACAGGGGGGACGCCGAGGGGCCUGUGUUGGCCCCCACCCUGCAGCAGCUUCCAACACCGCAAAUGGACACAACCCAGGUGCCUGACCCUUGCGUCACUCACGCUUCCGGCGUGAACAGCCAGUACCUCACUCAGAGACCACCGGUCGGUCAGCCUCCCAUCCUGACCCUGUCCCAGCAGAUGCAGCAGCAUUUGAGUUUGAAACAGCCCCCAACGUCGACUUUCGACUUGUGGGGACAGCAGGUCGCCCAUCCGGGUGUGGUUAACAGCAAUGGCCUCGAGCGGGCACUGGAAAGACACCCGGUGUCCAACGGCUACUGCUCAGCCAAGCACACACUGGUCACCAUGACUAAAAUGACCACUCAGCCUGAACUCCCACAGACAUUUUUGCUAAACCACAAGACCUCACAGCAGCUGGAGGGUGGCGGCAGCCAGCCUGUCCACUACCAGCAGUUCCCGUUGCCGCAACACACCCAGCACAACCAGUUUCCUCAGCUUCCUCAGUGCCACAGUAGCCAUAAGGACAGUACUGUUAGCGGACCACAGCCACCUUUUAAAACAGACCCUUUUGCCACCAAAGACCACUGGACAGGUUUCACCCAGAGCAGUCAAGGGGAGACCUUGAACCCGGGCCCCUGCCUCUAUAACGGACAUGUCCCCUCAACCUGCACCAUGGACUCCUGUGUGCACUACUGUAUGGUGGAUGUUCCUGUCACGGCCAAUGGGGGGACAGGAAGAGGGAAUGGGAUUCAUCAGAGUGCAAUGAAUUCUAUUUCGUCGUAUCAGGUCAAUCCGAAGGGCCAGGAGCAGCUAGCGCAGGUUUUGUCCAGCCUCUCGAAUCAGAUCUUGGGUUCAGGGCAGCCGUGUAGACAACUGUCCUCACUUGAUUCCUGUGGAUUGUUUACCUCAGACCUCAGUCAAAUUCCAGCACAACACAAGUUGCAGAAUGGCUGCCUUCCCAGUGCCACCCAUCCAGGAGACGGUGCCCUGCCCAGUGGCAAUGGACUGACAGUGCCCAACGGCAUGACCCCACAUCCCGAGUCGGUGCCCAGUUUUACUGACGCACAGACAUCGGGAUUCUUCCUCUGACAAUAACUGCAGCUGCAAAUGAAAGGAUAUUUUUUUGUGUGUGUGUGUAUGUGUGUGUGUGUGUGUGUGUGUGUGUGUGUGUGUGUGUGUUUUGCUCAUUUGUAAUGAAAUGGAUCUGUAUCAUCUGACAUGUUUACAACAUCCUUUGGAGUGGCCACAUGUGAGACCGACGUUGAGAAGACUUGUCAUCCAGCAUGAGUAUGAUGUCAGAAGUCAGCUGUUCUUCAAAUGUGCUUGUCUACGUUUUAAAAGACAGAGAAUACAGGCAAAAUGGGGAAACCCUGUUUUGUGGUUACUUUUGUGUCAUCAAGUGGAUCGGCCUAAUUUUGAUCCAAGAACCUGUCCUUUGCUAAGUCUCUGUUAACCCUCCCUGACGUGCGCUGUGAGCAGCACUUAUACCUCCCUGUAUAUUCCUUUGUCCUUUUUUGGUACAGACAGGACAGUUUACUACUCUCCUGAGACUGGAGGAUAGACCACUGGAGUUUGAGGGAGAAUGCACACGUUGUUUUUAAAGAGCCAUAAAUAUGUAUAGUCAGAAUGCUCAAAGGGCCCAUCUUUGUCCUGUCUGAGGCCUUUGUUUGUUUGUUUGUGUGUGUGUGUGUGUGUGUGUGUGGAGGGGGUGUGUGUGUGCGUGUGCGUGUGUGUGUGUGUGUGCGUAAGAACAUUUGUGUGUUAGUGUUUACACAGAAGCUGACCCUGAACGAUUUCUAAUGUCUCUAUACUGGAGAUCAUGUGACGAAUGAAUACACAAUUUUAUGUAUCUACAGUUUUACAUUUUGAGGUUGUUUUUUU